ACCAGGAGCACUGGAAUGUGGAAUACCCAAACUGCGGGGGCAACAUGCAGUCUCCCAUUAACAUUGAUAUGGGCCGGACCAUCUUCAGCCCUGACCUGCGGCCAAUACAGCUGUCUGGCUACAGCCUGCCUGCCAAGGAGAAGCUCAGGCUGAAGAACAAUGGGCACACAGUUCAACUCGAGCUGCCUGAGUCGCUGGCCAUCACUGGGGGCUAUGCCCAGCAGUACCGAGCCGUGCAGCUGCACCUGCACUGGGGUUCCCUAUCAGGACCUGGCUCAGAGCACACUGUCAAUGGGCGACGCUUUGCUGCAGAGAUCCAUGUGGUCCACUACAACACCAAGUAUGAUGGCGUUGAGGAGGCAAUGAUUUACCCAGACGGCCUGGCCGUACUGGGAGCCUUUCUGGAGGUUGGGCCAAGGGAGAACCCAUACUAUCGGGAAAUACUUGAUCAUCUUUACAAAAUUCAAGGAAAAGGUGAGGAAGUCUUCGUGCCUGGAUUUGACAUUGCAGGUCUGCUGCCUGCCAACCUGAAACUUUACUUCCACUACAAUGGCUCUCUAACCACACCUCCCUGCUACCAGACAGUGAAGUGGACAGUCUUCAACCAGACGGUGCUGCUUUCUCGCGAUCAGAUGUCAAUGCUGGUGACGCACCUGAGAAAUGAUGACAACAAUUUACUGCAAAACAAUUACCGGCCGGUGCAGAACCUGCACGGGCGAUGGGUGCUGGCGAGUUUCCAGACCACCCACUCUGUGGUGAAGCAGCUGCCUCCUGGUAAGGACGAAGGUUCAACAACAGCAGGAGAGUCCAGCUCAUUUCAUGCAGGGGAUGUGCUGGCCGUGCUCUUUGGAGUGCUCUUUGCUGUCACAGCACUGGCCUUCCUGCUGUACAUCUAUAAGCACCGCAGCCAGAACACACGGCUGGACUCACCAACCAAAUCCAAGGUCAUCUACACAGCAGCCAGCACUGAGAACACUGUGUAA